GCUAUUGUAUUUAUUGUCACCGACACGGCAGCGAUUUUAGUUUGACACAAACGUGAGCUGUGAUAACAACGAAAUUCCACUGCGAUGCCACAAAACUUAACACGCGAGUGCCUUAGCGCCCACGACCAGCAAGUGCUGGAUUCCAUAUUCAAUCCGCUGGAGCUCACUUCGAGUGUGGCGCAAGCAAUUGGACCCGAGGCGCACGCCAACCUAGUGGAUGUCGAGCCGGACACGGCAGCAGUGCAGCAAUCCAAGGCGCUGGAGGUGCGCGCCAUCAAGUUGGCGGAGGAAGACAAAUUGGUGGAAGCCUUGCAGUGCUUUGAGCAAGCGAUCGAAGUGGCGCCGACACGUGCCUCCGUUUACAACAAUCGUGCGCAGGCGCUGCGCCUUGUCGGCAGGGAUGAGGAGGCCCUUGCCGACCUCUCCAAAGCGAUCGCGCUGUGCACCGAGCAACCGCGCACGAAAUGCACCGCUCUCUGCCAACGCGGCGUGCUCUACAGGAAGCAAAACAAUGUGGAUGCGGCGCGCAAGGAUUUCGAGGACGCGGCGCAGUUGGGCAGCAGCUUCGCCAAAACACAGCUGGUGGAGCUCAAUCCCUUUGCGGCGCUUUGCAACCAAAUGCUGCGCCAGGCAUUCGAUCAAUUGAACUAGAAUUUAUUGUUGCUGCAGAAUUUCUAAAUAAAAAAUAUACACGCCACGAGCGCGCUGGAGCCAAAUGAA